GAAAGUUCUGGAAGACAGCGGAGGUGCCGCCAUUUUGCGGGAAGAGGAGAAGCUCCGACUGCAGUGCUGCUUUUACUGCCGAGACUCUGGAAAAUAGCCCUGCUUCGCGCCCCCAACACACCCAAAGGAACGGAGGAAACCGGGGCCCCCUGCGGGGACCCGGAACUGAUCUGCUACGAUGGCGUCCGAUGACUUUGAUAUAGUGAUUGAAGCCAUGCUGGAGGCUCCCUAUAAAAAAGAAGAGGAUGAUCAGCAAAGGAAAGAAGUUCAAAAAGAUGGCCCCAGCAACACCAACGCCAGCAGCAACGGCAAUAGUGGCAGUGGUACCAGUGGGAGCAGUGCCAGUGGGGAGGCAAGCAAGAAAAAGAGGAGUCGGAGCCCUAGUAAAAGCAGGGAUAGAAAGCGCAGUCGCAGUCGAGAUCGGGACCGGCACAGGCGGAGAAGCACUCGAAGCCGAAGUCGAGAGCGGCAGCGUCGCCACCGCAGCCGGAGCUGGGACCGUCGGCACAGUAGUGAGUCACGCAGUCGGGACCGGCGGCGUGAGGAUCGUGUGCGUUACAGGAGCCCACCACUUGCCACUGGGCGUAGGUAUGCGCACAGUAAGAGUCCUCAUUUCAGAGAGAAGAGCCCGGUCAGGGAACCAAUUGAUAAUCUGAGUCCCGAGGAGCGUGAUGCCCGCACAGUUUUCUGUAUGCAGUUAGCUGCCCGCAUUCGGCCUCGAGACCUGGAGGACUUUUUCUCUGCUGUCGGCAAGGUUCGUGACGUCCGGAUCAUCUCAGAUCGGAAUUCCCGUCGUUCUAAGGGCAUCGCCUACGUAGAAUUCUGUGAGAUCCAGUCUGUGCCACUGGCCAUUGGGCUGACUGGGCAGCGGCUGCUCGGAGUGCCUAUCAUUGUCCAGGCCUCACAGGCUGAGAAAAACCGACUGGCAGCCAUGGCCAACAACCUGCAGAAGGGUAGUGGUGGACCAAUGCGCCUCUAUGUGGGCUCCCUGCACUUCAAUAUCACUGAGGACAUGCUCCGGGGUAUCUUUGAGCCCUUUGGCAAAAUUGAUAAUAUCGUCCUGAUGAAGGAUUCAGAUACAGGCCGUUCUAAAGGUUAUGGUUUCAUUACGUUCUCAGACUCCGAGUGUGCUCGGCGAGCCCUGGAACAGCUGAAUGGCUUUGAGCUUGCUGGUCGACCUAUGAGAGUUGGUCAUGUGACCGAGCGACUGGAUGGUGGCACAGACAUCACUUUUCCGGAUGGGGACCAGGAGCUGGAUCUGGGAUCAGCAGGUGGACGUUUGCAGCUCAUGGCCAAAUUGGCAGAAGGCUCUGGAAUGCAGCUGCCUACUACCACAGCUGCUGCUGCUGCUGCCGCCCAGGCUGCUGCUGCCUUGCAACUGAAUGGGACAGUUCCCUUGGGGGCCCUGAACCCUGCGGCUCUGACUGCUCUGAGUCCAGCCCUGAACCUCGCCUCCCAAGCAAUCGCCUCCCAGUGCUUCCAGCUUUCCAGCCUCUUUACCCCUCAGACCAUGUGAGUCUCAGGGUCUGGUAUUCAUGGUGGCAAGUGCCAUGUCUUUGGUUAUUUUCUUUCCUUUGGUUUCCCAUUUACCUCUUCUCCUUGCCAUAGGUAAAUCAGUGGCUCAGUACACUGCCUCCCUGUGCCUCUGGGUGCCACUCCCUUUUCCACGUCUACCCUUCCAUGGCCCCUUCUCUCCAUUUUGUGGACCAAGCUAUCCUGAGGGCGUGGAUGUUGACUCUGUGGGAAUUGGGGCCACCUUUAGACUCCAAGAAGAGCUCCUGCCCAGGGCCCCAUCGGGAAUGGACUCUGCUGAGCAAAGCCAGUAGUCGAAGAGGACAGAAUCUGCACCUAUAUUGAACACCUGUUUUUCCGUGUGUGUCAUCUCCCGGGAUGACCUUCAUUGCUCUCUCCGACCAGCUCUUAGUGAUUCCUUGAUUCCUCCCCCGUUGGGAAGGCCGUAGGGCAUUAACUGAGGGAACUAACCUCUCUCCUUUUCCUGUACUUUUACCCUACAAUCUGUUGAGGAAAACCCUUGAAGACCUCUAGUCCAAGAGGACUUUGCAGUUUGGAAGGUGAACCUUGAAAGUGCUGGCUUGCUGCUGCACAGGCUCUGGAAGAUGGCAUGGACAUGAACAUUGUGAAGCCUUCCUUGGGUCUCAGCUUGAGGCCAGAACUGCUACUGUGGGCUCAGCCUCUUACUGGGAAGUAUGGGAGUAAUCUGUCCUGCCAGGCAUUUUGGAUGUCUUAGGGGCAUUCAGGAGUUGAGUGAAAGGUGGGGUACUUCUCUACUAGGUUCCAUCUUCCUCUGUAUAGUUUUCCUUCCUCCCAGGUCUUUCCUCUGGCCCAGGGUGGGAGGAUGGAGAGGAGGCUGCUAUUCUCUACCACUUCCCAUGUGCCUCUACCAUGGGCUCAACCCCAGCUGUUAAAGCUGCUCCUGUCCCCUACCUGGGCACAUGUGAGCCCUUCUCACUGGAUUUUAUACCCUUGUGUCUGUGUACAUAAAAUUGUGUGUAUAUGUGUGUGUGUGUGUGUGUGUAUAUGUGUACACGUAUACACAUACACAUACACAUACGUAUAAACUUUGUAUAAAAGGCAAGCUCCACUGUUGUGGCGGCUGCUGCCCAUGUGUGUGUGGUCUCAGUCAGUUGGUGUAUCUGUCUGAUGUUAAUAACUUUUCAUGAGCCAAAACCGUGAAUGGUUCUAGGAUAUAAAACAUUUGUAAUGCCUUUCUGUUUUUUCCCUUUAAUUUUGUUUUAUCUAACGUUCUUUAGAAAUUAAAAUGGACAAAAGGCACACGCCUGGA